ACAUCUAUUAGUGAUAAUGACAAGGUUAUUAUGUUACGACCAGAUGCGUCGAUUAAUGUUGUGUACGGUGCCGCACUAGAUCAAAGAUUAGGCUGCAGUGAAAUCAAAUCUCAGUAUCAAGCACUAAAUCAUCGGCUCACUGGAUUGGAUCUCAUUCGCGUCGCACGUUUAGCGAAAGCCGCCUCAGACAAGUAUAAAGCUAUCGCCACGUUUGCCUUUACUGUUGUUGGUAAUCACGUAACUUUUUACGUUUUGCAUCGUGCCAAGGCUAAUAUAUAUACCAUGAGUGAAGUCGAACAUAUUCAAUUGGCCUUAAAGCUUGCUCAUAUUCCCCUAUUUAUUGCUCAAUCGAGCAAAAUUGCAAAAAUUAUAUCAAGCUUUGAGCAUGUUCUUAAUUGCAGUACUCAUCAUUACGACGAUCAUCCACCAACUCUAACUGAUCACAUGUUAUUGCAAGCAAUUAAUUCCAAAACAUCAUGCAAAAGAAAAUCCAUCUCUUCUCAUUAUAAUCAUUGA